CAGUAAUAGCAGUAGCAGUAGUAGUAGUCAUAGUAGUAGUAGUAGUAGUAGUAGUAGAUAACCUUGCCUUUACACACGAGGUCACUUAGAGGUUUGUUUACUUGUGUCUGGCCGGAGAUAAACUGCAGGUCCCAUGACGAGAGUGACCCCUGCUACGUGUGUGUCCCCCGUGUGACUUGCCCUGCCGUGCCGUGUCGUGCCGUGCCGUGCCGUGCCGCGCCGUGCCGCCUGCCAUGUGAGGCGCCACACACACCAUGUCAAGCGGGGACGACGGCUGGAAGGAGAGGCUGGGCAUUGUGAUCCCCAUUGACCUGUCAGACUCAGACAUCGAGGAGGACAGACUCGGCGCCGCCUCGCCCAGGAGGAGCUCUGACCUCAGCAUCAAGACAAACAGCGAUGAACUCAUCAUCUCAGAAGAAGCAGAGAGGGUGGAGAGUUUUGACUCCUUCUCUCAGGAAGAGGAGGAACUGGCCAAUUACAUGAAGGUGUAUGGAAGGACACCGCCUCGCACCACACGGCUCCGCAGACAGAAGGAGAGGGACGCCUACUGUUUGCAGGCCAAGGAGGCAGCUAAGGCAACGCUGAAGAGGCGGGACACCUCUGAGCGGUUCCUCUCCCUCCCAGGGUUCACCGACCAUGGCAUUGCGGAGGCCUCUCCAGAGAGGACGCGCCAGCACCUCCGAGAGAGGAAGCGGUCCAAGGACAGGAAGCGUUCCCGGGAGAGGAACCGCAAGAAAUCCAUCAUUGAGAACCUGACGAGUGUGUUGAGCACCCUCAGCACGCAGGAAUGUGAGGAGCGGUGUGAGAGCAUGCCGCCCCUCUCCCCGGCAUACAAGGUGGAAUCGAGGACGCGGUACAUGAGUGUGUCUUGCCGCAAGGUGAAUGACGACGAUGACACAGAACAGACAGAGAUCCGCAAGCAGUCCACCGCUGAGCUGCCGCAGGACCGGGUCGCCUACUACAAGCAUCUGCAGGGUCAGAUCAAGGUCGGCUCCCAGGACUUGACCUUCAGCAGCCGACAGCAGAGUGAAGAAGAGGCCCUGUACCAACAGGAGCUCUAUGAGAUACUGUGGCUGGAGCUGCAGGCAUGGCGGGCUGGCAUUGACUGCACCACUUAUGACCUCCAGCUGAUGAUAAAGAGGAAUGAGGUUUUGGAGAUUAUCCAGGAAGUUCUCAACUUCAAAUUUGAUCCAGACAGACCUGAGAAGGAAAGUGUCUCCAGUUUUUCUAGUAAGAAGAUAACAACAGUUGAUGAGCUGGUGACAGCGGGCGACCUGAGGAUUGGCGGCAUCCCGGUGGCGGCCCAUGACCUGCCGGAUGGGGCAGGCGGCAGCAGGAUGGUGGGGGGAGAGGAGUGUGAGGGGUGUCUGUCCAUCUGGUGUGUGCCCUGCAAGGACAACCAGACCAAGGCCCUUGUUCAGGUCGCUACACUGCUGAAAAAACUUGACUAUGCUGAGUCCCUUUUCCCCUCCACCGAGAAGCUGGCUUUCCACCAUCCUGAGUGGAAGCAGGACAGCUUCAUCAACCGGUACAAGGCGCUGUGUGUGUGGUACAACAUGACCGUGCAGCUCAGGAUGAAGGUGAAGGUCCUCGGAAAGCUUCUUGGCAACAUGACCAACACCCUUAUCCCUUGGCCUGACCUCACCACCGAUUUUAUUGACACCACAACCCCAACCUCCAGCUAUGACUCAGGGACACAGUUCUCCCAGCAGUUUGAGGAGAGUCCCCAGGAGGCGGAGGUGCAGGUCCCAAAGUCCUUAUCCAUGUCCAAUGUCCGCUUCGUCAUCGACAGCGACAAGUCUGACGCCAGCUCCAACCCCUCAGACUCCAACAACUCCACUGACUCAGGCCACACCACCGCCAGCACCAACAGUGGCCUUCUGAUGCCCCCCAGCCACUCAGUGGGCCAGGCGGGUCAGGCCUCCUCGGGCCUGCGCCGCUGCCUCAGCGACAUCUUCAUCGAGGCCAACCCUUACAGGAAGUAUGUGGAGAAGCUUCUGAGGAACAAGGGCAUGAAGAAGACAUUUGACAAGGUCGCAGAAGUGAUCCGGGACGUAAUGAACCGCACCAUGUGUGUCCUGGAGUUCAACCAUGAUGACAAGAAGAGGGCUGACUCGGAUAUCAUGUCCAAAGCGCUGGCGGAGACAUCGCAGGAGCUUAGUCGGCACAAGGCAUGGACGGCAAAGUUCACUGAGAUGGGGCUGCCGUCCUUCUAUGCACUCUUCAUCUUCCUGUCGUCCGUGUCACUGCAGAUGAUGCGGGAGUGUCUCAAGCUGCGCCUGGAGCAGAUGCCGGAGAAACCAUCGCGGCUCAGCAUCAGGGAGCUGAUGAGGGAGUACAAGGAGGGAGUGAAGUUUGCGGUGCUGGUGAGGCAGAAGUACUUGCGAGUGUGUCAUGCACUGUUUGCCCACCUCACCCCAAAGCUGCGGGAAAACCUGGAGAUGCGGCAGAAUCAGGCCAUCGAGGAGCUGGACACCAAUAUUAAGAGGAUGCUGGAGGUGUAUCUGGAGUGGCUGGACCAGUUUGUGUGUAUGCUGCAUCGGGAGCCUCAUGCCUCAGGUCUGCAGCGCAACUUCCUGCAAGAGGAGUGGCGCUUCGUGCAGGCCACUUGUCCCCAUGUCACCGAGGGGGACAGCCUGGCAGCCACACGCUUCUGCAACAUUGCCUGCCACAUGCUGUGCAGUGUUGGUGACUUCAUCGACACCGGUAUAGACGACCAGAUGGCGGCCAUGCAGGACUCCACCCUUGGCAACUUGGACGAUGCUGAGGAGGAUGAAGACUUGGAGCAGGACGAGAUUCAGAAGAAGCGUCUGCUGCAGCGGUGCCGGGCACUGCAGGUGUUGCUGGCAGAGACUCGGGAGCGGUCGCUGCGUGCUGCUGGGCUGGCCAAGAUGCUGAGGAAAGACCUGGAGGUGGCUGCUGAGUUCAGUCUGUGUGAGGAGCCAGAGCUGGUGCUGACCCGGCUGCAGCUCACUGGUCACGUGAAGGUGUUGGCGCCUCACAGCCACAACCACUUCAUCUUUGUGCCAGGGCGCAUCAAGGACAAGCGGGAGUACAUCUGGAACCUGCUGGACAUGAGGGUGGGCGGCAUGGACCAGGAGGAUGACGAGCUGGGAGGCUACCUGGUGCUGAUGCGGUGUGACAACCUGGCCUCCUCCUGCCGCUGGUCGGGGGACGUCAUUGAGAUUGAACCAACAGCCGACUGUACCAUCACUCUGUCCAGGAUUGUGGUUACAAGUCUACUGGUGGUGGUGUCGUCGGGCACGAUGCUUGUUCCUCUGCGGAGGGAGUUCCAGCACUGCAUGGGCAGCACCGUGACUCUUAUGCGGGAUCAGACAGCACCCAACAAGGCUGUCACGCACUCCAUCGAUGAGCUCAAGAAAGAGGCUCUGGGUCUGUGUGACAACUUGGUGAAGAAUGUGCGUCAGGUGGAGAGCCUCACCGACCUGGAGGUGGUGACGCCCGACAUGGAGGAGAGCGAGCGCCACCACCUGCACUUGGUGACCCGCGACGUAGUGCACCAAUACUUCAUGUUUGGCUUUGAGUACCACAAGGAGGUGACACGCCUGGUGACGGGGCAGCACCGGGCUGAGGUGGCGCCAAUGCUGGUCAACCUGGCUCGCAUGUGGAUGAAGUUUGUGAAGGCGCACUACUCACAGGGGAGGGGAUGCCGGCCGAGGUGGGCUAAUGCUGGCUUGGAGUUUAUCGUGUUUGUUUGCAACCCUCACAACACCUGCUACCUCCAGGAACAGGACUUCCAGGAACUGGUGAAGGAGAUUGAAUGCUGCCGUGACUACAUCAUCGGCACCGUACCGGAGCCCAAGCAGCCGUGCACGCCCCUCACACCGGUGCUGCCCAGGCACUUCAGGUCAUCAUCAACGUCAUCCAUCGUCCACCAUGCGCCAGAGAGGUCCCUGUCCACUCAGUCGUCCUCCUCCCAGGGUGACUGCUCUCCUGUCAUCAAUCCCACAGACAGUCCACUGCUCAGGCGGCACUUGAUGCGCAGAAGUCAGCCCAACGCAGAGAAGCUAGUGGAUGUCACAGACUCCCCCAGCCAGUACUCCUCAGAGAAGCCAAUACAGAGAGUGCGGAGGAAGAUCUUCACGAUGGACGUCAAGCUGGAUGAGCGGCUGAGGGAUGAGAGGGUGAUUGGCCAGGUGUCGAACAUUCACCGGGACAAGAUACACUUCAAACCACGCACGGUCAACUUCUCAUGGCAGCGAGGGUUCAAGAUCGGUGCUGGGCGUUUUGGCAAGGUGUACACAGCGGUGAACAACAACACUGGAGAGCUGAUGGCCAUGAAGGUGCUGCCGCUGCAACCCAAUGACCACCGCUCCAUCCGUCGUGUGGCAGAUGAGUUCCACAUCUUCGAGGGCAUCAGUCACCCACACCUGGUCAAAUGUUACGGCGUAGAGAUACACAAUGAUGAGAUGGUGAUGUUCAUGGAAUACUGUGACGAGGGGACCCUGGAGAGCCUGGCCACCAGCACGGAGACAGGGCUGCCGGAGGAGCUGGUGAGGAAGUACACCCGGCAGCUGCUGGAGGCUGUGCACGCCCUGCAUGAGCGCGGCAUUGUGCACCGUGACAUUAAAGGAGCCAACAUCUUCCUGACAGAGGAGGGAAACAUGCUCAAGCUGGGAGACUUUGGGUGUGCGGUGCGGCUGCGGGGCCACCAGACGGAGGUGGGGGAGCUGGCCGGCAUUGUGGGGACCCACGCAUACAUGGCUCCCGAGAUAUUCCAGUCCAGCGAGGGCCACGGCAGGGCGGCUGACGUGUGGUCUGUGGGCUGUGUGGUGAUAGAGAUGGCUACGGGCAAGCGACCAUGGCCAGAGUAUGACAGCAGCGUGCAGAUCAUGUUCCGAGUGGGUAUGGGUCAGUCACCCACCAUCCCUAGCCACCUAUCCGAGGAGGGCCACGAGUUCCUAACCAGCUGUUUCAUCCACGACCCCAAGAAGCGUGCCACCACUGCUCAGCUGUUGGACCACACUUUUGUCAAGGUGGACACGGGAGAAGACUGUCCCUCGCUGCCGCUUUUCUCCCACCCGCCGUUUGUGCCUUACAUGAAGCUGCUGUCCAACACGUGAGAGGAGAGGGUGACCGCUAGGGGAAGGUCGGGGUGGGUAGGUUAACAAAGCAACUUAUUGCUGCGUGCAGUUAUAUUUUUUAUAAUGGAAGGAUUGGAGUGUGUGUGUGUGUGUGUGUGUGUGUGUGUGUGUGUGUGUGUGUGUGUGUGUGUGUGUGUGUGUGUGUUUGUGUGUGCCCUUCUUGAUGGGGAGUGUUUGUCCACUACACACAGAGAUAAUGGAGAGAAAACAAACUGCAUUCAGUAGACAGCUUUUUAAGUAUUUAUUAUGCCUUUUUAUUAUAUUUAACCAGAUUAUUUGGUAUAUUAACAAGGGUUUGUGUAAAUGCAAUAUAUUAGUGCAAAGUGUGGCUGUCAGAGAUGGUACAAUGGUACUGCAAAGUACCACCACUAGCUCGAGGUUGUUCUGUAAGAGAGAGAGAGAGAGAGAGAGAGAGAAUAUGUAUUUAACUAGAUAAGUGAAACCACUAGGUAAAUGAAUUAUAAAAGACAUAUUUUCGUAAAACUAUUACUGCAGUUAUUGAGGUGCCUUGUGUUAUUUUGAUGAGCAAGGAAACUGCUUGUAAUGACAUGCAUUGCCUGAAGGCAGAGCAGGACGUGCUGACCUUCCACUCCAGAGCUGGCAUGAAAGCAUCUGGGAUAAAGCUUUGCUCUUCAAGGAAUCCUAAAAUCAGCUGUCAUCUGCUCUUUGUCGUAAGUUGUCAGUCCCUUUCUUUGAUGCAGUUGUAUUGGGAGUAAUUAAUUUUUUGCUGUCCAAUACUUUCUUUUCCAAAUUUAAGUUGAGCACAAGUUGAAGUCAGUAGUUGUGAAGAUGCAAGUGUUCAUUAUUUCAUUGUGUUGUUUUGAUUUGAUCGCUACAUUUGUUCAAGAGUGAUGAGAGCAGCAGUGCAGAUGUUAGUUUUAAGGCUUCUCCUUAUACAGAGCAUGUGCUUGUGUCGUAAUGUGUCGGGAAGAGUUAUGUGUUGUUUGGGACAACUGUAUUCAUUGCUGUUGAAGAUGAAAGAUGAAAGUGGGAGUUGAUCCAUGAUGUGGAUAGAUUGGCAUGACUAGAUAGAUAAAUUGGAUUGUGAUAGAUGUAAUUGUGAGUGUGUGUGUGUGUGUGUGUGCAUACACAUUUGCAUAUGUUUACACAUGCAUUUGUGGUUCCAUGCAGUCAUGUUUGCAGUUGUGUGUACUUUAGGACAAAUGUUAACUCAUCUAGCUAGCCAGCCUUGUCAGCUUUUGAGUAGUGUUGGUGUUCACAAAACUGUUAGCUUACGUCUCAGUGCAAGUUGUCAUGACACUGCUGUUCAAACAUUCUCAUGUGCCAUGACAUCACUUUGGUUUAGGAGUUUACAGUUCAUUGUUAUACUUGUUGUGUAAAUCUUACUUCUACAUUUUGAAUGAUAACUGUUGAACAGUCACUACAGACAUUCUCACACACAUCAGCCAGGUCAUGGAGUCAGACUAGUGUCCUGGUCCAGUUCACUUACAUAUAGAAUGGUCUUGUAGUGUCCAGUGCCUAGCACAUUUUGUCUUAACACAGAAAUGCUGAACUUACUGUACAUGUUCUUUACAUAUUACUCAGAGACUCCAUUGUGUAUUGUCAUGUUUUGUGGGAGCUUUUCCAUUGUUGUCAGGGAACAGACUUGCUCUUCCAGAAGUAGACUGAGAGUUGGCAUAAUAGGAAAGGAAAGGAAUCAGUAGUGUGUAGCUAUUGCUGAUUCAUCACCUUAAGAAGCAGUAUUUCUAAUUAGUUGAAUUUUGAAAACCAUCAUAAUAAGAAGUUGUUUCAAAGGACAAAUCAGUGUUUGUGAUAGCGUGGGACAACACAACACUCACAAUGUAAGAGCUCAAAUGCACGACGGUGUCAUUUUUGGCAGGUGCCACGUACGGACGUGGUGCCCCGGGGGAUGAGGCAGCUGACACCAGGCUAAAGAUGCAGGUUCUCAGCUUGUAGUUUCCCACUGGCUAGUUGGCAUGUUUCAUAUUUUGUACCUAGUUGACAAGUGCAUGACUGCAGGGGUGGUAUGUGUUAGUCUGGGGAAAUAAUAGAACACAUCAGUAUUGCUAUCUCAAGUCAUCAGCAAUAUUUAUCUUUAAAAGAUAUGCUCUUGAUAUUUCUUCAUCCAUUUAUUGAUGAACAGCUAACUGUGGAUGUUGAACUUUGUAGUGAAUAAGAUAUCUGUGACAUUUCAGUACCUAAGAUAUUACAUUGUAAAACUAAAAUGUAAAAUGAUAAAUAUAGUAAUAUGUAUUGCUAGUAGCAAGUAAGAUCAAAGAGAGAGUGCUCAAGUGUGUGUGUGUGUGUGUGUGUGUGUGUAUUUACCUAGUUGUAGUUUUACAGGGCCUGGGUUUUAUGCUCGUGUGGCCCCGUCUCCAUAUCUACACUUAUCAAAUUUUUCUUUAAAACUAUGUACACUCUUUGCUGACACCAUUUCCUCACUCAAACUGUUCCAAGUCUUAACACAUGUUUGCGGAAAACUAAAUUUUUGAACAUCUCUCAGACAUCUUCCC